GUGAUUUUUGAUAAGCCAGAUACGGUGUUUCAAAGCACUGCAAUUUUGAACAGCGAUGAUAAUAUGAAUUUGGAUGCGGCGCUAACCGAAUACGAGAAUUCGGCCAUCGUCAUAGGGCCAGAACAUUGUCAACAGAUCGAAACACUGCCUAUUGAUCUCUUCUAUAUAGGUCUCACCGAUCCACUUCGUGCAGUCAUGGAAUAUAAGGGACCUGGAUUUGUACGUGAUAUUAAAAAAACGUUGGAUUACAUAGAAGUACCAGUAGUACCAGCUGCAACACCUCGAAUUCUUAGUGUGUCGGAACUGCUGGCUUUGACGCGUCGACCUGAUAACGCAUGUGGAGUUGUUGUUGAGAAACCCAAGGAUGAAAGUAUAGCGGAAACGACGCAAGAACAUAAAAAAGACGAUGAGAACAUGAUAUGUGCCACAGUUGUAGUUGAUUUACAGGGAAAAAUUUCGACAAUUGACAAUAAUCCUACCAAUUCAGAGGAACAUAAUGAAAUGCCAUCGACAAGCACAACGCUGUCAGCUCCCAGAGGAAAAUACAUUUCACUGAACGUGCAAGAUCUCCAAACUACUCCCGAAAUUCCAAGUAAUCCAUUCUUACUAAAAUUGCGAUUUUUUUUUUAA